UGCAAACAUGUCUUUUGUGGACACUCUGCGCCAGUGGGAUGAGGCGGUAACUUGCGUCAACAGACAAGAUUUCUCCAAAGCACUUGAGAUUUUCUUGGCUAUUCAAGAACCAAACUCCAAAAUUUUUUUUGACAUUGGCUGUCUCCAUCUUCGUAACCAAGACUUUGAUGCUGCUGAAAAGGCGUUUGAUUGCAGCAUACGCAAGGAUGAACAUUUGGCCAUUGCCUUCUUUCAAAGAGGAAUCACUUUUUACAAAAAGAAGAGGUAUGAGGAGAGUUUAGCUGACUUCCAGAAAACCUUUAAAACACUCAGGGGCAACCAGCUGAUAGAUUACAAAGCGCUUGGUCUCAGAUACAUACUGUAUGCUUGUGAUGUUCUCCACAAUAUGGCCCUGGUUGAAGCUCAGCUGGGUAACUGGGAAAAGGCCCAGGAACACCUCAUGAAGGCUCUUAACUACAAGACAGAGGCCAGGUUUAAUAUCAUCGACAAAGCUCUGCAGUCAAUCCUAAAACAGAAACUUUUCAAACCGGUCGAGUUCCAAUCAAAAGAGAUGUUUAAACCAAAUAAGCACUAUGUUGCAGAGCUGGAGAAGAAAGACUACCUGGGCAAAGCAAAGGUCGUUGCCUCUGUUGUUCCUCAAGAUGAGUUCUCUGGAUUUGCCCCAUUGCAGCCUCAGGUGCAAGAUGGUCCAACUUGUCCAAAAGAGCCUGAGGUUCUGAGGGCAUUGGAAGGAGAACCGCACACUGUGCUCUUUGAGUUUAUUCCUGAGACCAGUGAUGAGCUGGCUGUAGUGCCGGGCAAUAUUGUGUUUGUGUUGCAGAAGGGUGCUGACAACUGGGCAUACGUGGUCUUCAAUGAAAGAAGGGGCCUUGUUCCUUACAACUAUCUGGAACGUUUGGAAAUCUCCUUAGCUUCUAACAAAAACAAGGGAAUAACUCCACCUCCAAGCCGACAGCCACCCACCAGACCUGAAAGGAUACAAGGUCUUACUCCAAGCAAAACCACUAGUGGAAAUCGUCAGCGUCAGGAGAAACAGUCCACAGACAAUUCAUGUAUCGUCAAAGUGCAUUUCAAUUUCAACUUUGUCGUCUCAGUCCCGUGUGGGUCACCCUACACGAUGCUGAUUGAGAAAAUUGGCAGGAAACUGAAUCUUCCUUCUUCUGCAAUCACCUUGAGUUUAACCUCUGAGGCAAGUGAACAAAGUGUAAUCAGUGCCAACACAGAAAUGGAGAAGCUGUGGAGCCGUGCCAGCAGUGGGCGUGUCACUUUGUGGUGUAACACCAAGGAGGAGGAGAUUCACCUGGUGGCACUUCACUCCUACGAGUCAUCAAAUCCCGAGGAUCUGAAUUUUCAGCAAGGGGAUAAAAUCAAACUGCUCUCUAAAAUUAACCAAGACUGGUUGGAAGGGCAGUGUAACGGGAAUACUGGUAUAUUCCCUGCAUCCUUUGUGGAAGAAAUUCCUGCGAAUGGCCAGUGAUUUAUGGCCAGGUUUACU